UUGUGUUCGGUGGGAGUGACUGGGGAAACGAAGCUUGUCGGGGGCUUUGCAUUCUGUUGUGAAAGUGCAACGGCGUGUGUCCUGCUAGGUGUGCGUGUUGUGUGUCUGCGACGUCUGUUUGUCGUCAGAGCUGGUUCCAGUAUGAAGAGGGGCAAGAAGACCGAGGCAGAGUCCACAGAGGGAGACACUGAUACUGGACCUGCUUCUACAAAGAAAGCAAAAAAGGCUAAAGAACCAGAGGCCCCAGUAUUAUACGAUGACCCUCCAGACAAACUGACCAGUAAAGAUGGACGCGACGCAAACCUGAAGAUCACCUCGUGGAACGUGGACGGGCUCAGAGCGUGGGUGAAGAAGAAGGGCCUGGAUUGGGUGCGUGAGGAGGAUCCAGAUGUUUUGUGCCUCCAGGAAACGAAGUGCUCAGAAAAAGCUCUUCCUGCUGAGAUCACCUCAAUGCCCGAGUACCCCCAUAAGUACUGGGCUGUAUCAGACGACAAGGAAGGAUACAGCGGUGUAGCCAUGUUGUGCAAAACUGAACCCCUCAAAGUGACGUAUGGAAUCGGGAAAGAGGAGCACGACAAGGAGGGGCGCGUCAUAACUGCUGAGUUUCCAAACUUCUUCCUUGUGACCGCCUACGUUCCGAACGCCAGCAGAGGUCUCGUGCGCUUAGAUUACCGCAAAACCUGGGACGUAGACUUCCGGGCUUACCUGAGCGAGCUCGACAUACAGAAGCCUCUGGUGCUGUGCGGCGACCUGAACGUAGCCCACCAGGAGAUCGACCUAAAGAACCCCAAGGGCAACAAGAAGAGCGCAGGCUUCACCCCAGAGGAGCGCGAGGGCUUCAGCCAGCUGCUGGAGGCCGGCUUCGUGGACAGCUUCCGCGAGCUCUACCCCGAGCAGGCCAACGCCUACACCUUCUGGACCUACAUGAUGAAUUCCCGCUCCAAGAACGUGGGCUGGAGGCUCGAUUAUUUUCUGCUGUCGUCCUCCCUCCUGCCAGGCCUGUGUGACAGCAAGAUCCGUAACACGGCCAUGGGGAGUGACCACUGCCCCAUUACUCUGCACAUGGUUGUGUAGGUCCCUCUGUCCUCUACGCCCCUCUUUAGCGGUUUGGUCAACCAGCGAGGACGUCUCUGCCACUCAGUAAUAGUUAAGGUGCUUUUAGUCGUCCUCGUUUCAACUAGUUCCAGUCAUUUUUGUGACGCGACACUAAAAAUACACAAUUCCUAAGCUGAUUUUCUAAAAGGAUGCUGUUACUGUAAACCAAACUACUGCUGUUAAACUGUAACUUUUUCCAUUCUGGUUGAAUUUGUUGUAGAAUUUGCUGACUCGUAAAUAAA